GAGGGGGGGAUUUCGGAGUAGUCUUUGUCUUCACCCCGCAGUACAACACACAACUGGAGAAGCAAGCAGGCUCCUCGCAGAAGAAAAAACCUGGAUGGCUUGAUAGUAGAGCGAGAGGGCUUUAUUUCAAUAAAGAGAAAACGAAGGAAAAGCUCUCGAGACAAGCUGCAACUUCACAAAGCCGGUGGGAGAAGAAAAAAAAGGAUCCAAAAUCACAACUGAAGGUUUGAGAGGUUCCCUCCGGUUCCAAAUCAAAAAUGAGUUGGAGUUUUCUUACGCGUCUGUUGGACGAGAUUUCCAACCACUCCACCUUCGUUGGCAAAAUCUGGCUCACCCUCCUCAUCGUCUUCCGCAUUGUGCUGACCGCUGUCGGGGGCGAGUCGAUCUACUACGAUGAACAGAGUAAAUUUGUGUGUAACACGCAGCAGCCCGGUUGCGAAAACGUGUGCUACGAUGCAUUUGCGCCACUAUCGCACAUUCGCUUCUGGGUGUUUCAGGUGAUUAUGAUCACCACACCCACAAUCAUGUACCUCGGCUUUGCCAUGCAUAAGAUCGCCCGCAUGGAGGACGACGACUACCUGCCACGAAGCCGGAAGAGAAUGCCAAUAGUUAGCCGUGGUGCCAACCGGGACUAUGAAGAAGCGGAAGACAAUGGGGAGGAGGACCCCAUGAUCCUGGAGGAGAUUGAGCCAGAUAAGGAGAAGGAGGUGGCAGUGAAGCCCAGCAAGAAGCACGAUGGGCGCCGACGCAUCAAGCGUGAUGGCCUUAUGAAGGUCUACGUGUUUCAGCUGCUGUCACGUGCCAUCUUUGAGGCCUCGUUCCUGUUCGGGCAGUACGUGCUGUAUGGGCUGGAGGUGGUACCAUCCUACGUGUGCACGCGCUCUCCUUGUCCGCACACCGUGGAUUGCUUCGUCUCACGCCCCACAGAGAAAACCAUCUUCCUGCUCAUCAUGUACGGUGUCAGCGCUCUGUGUCUGCUCUUCACCUUGCUGGAGAUCCUCCAUCUCGGCUUCAGUGGUAUCCGAGACUGCUUCUGCACACCCAGACCCGCCACCCCUCGUCAUCCAGCUCUUUCAAGCCAAAGGUCCUCGAUCUGCCGCCAGCCGUCAGCACCACCGGGCUACAACACGGCUCUGAAGAAGGACCCGUCGGGGAAAAUGGGAUUCAGGGACAACCUGGGAGACUCGGGCCGCGAGUCGUUCGGGGACGAGGCGUCAUCGCGGGAGCUGGAGAGGCUGCGGAGACACCUGAAGCUGGCUCAGCAGCAUCUGGACUUGGCUUACCAGAACGGGGAGAGCAGUCCCUCACGCAGCAGCAGCCCAGAGUCGAACGGCACUGCAGUGGAGCAGAACAGACUGAACUUUGCCCAGGAGAAGCAGAGCAGUACAUGUGAGAAAGGUCUCCGUGCAUAGGUUUUCAUCAGCCCAGCUGACACUGUAGACUUAAAUUCACAUCAGCAUCAGUGAGGACAUAUGGGAAUCAAAGUGUGUGUGUUUGUGUCAUUGUGUGUGAGAGGGAGACUUUUGCUUGAGGUGGAUGAAGUCAACCCAAGCCUUCCAGUGUUACGGCCAGCCACGGUCGAGCAUCAAGUCAAAGGAGGAGAGUGGUCGUCUCACCCCAGCAAUACUUGGGACGCCUGUCUGAAGAUCCAAAGUGCUUACAAACUACCGUCAGCAAGAACGGUCAAGGUUAACAUGUACUUCCCCUCAGGGCAGCUAUUCUAUUUUUAAUUAUUUUAAUGUUUUCAUUAUGAGACUUAAAGAGUUUGUCCUGUUGGAAGUUCACAGUGAAUGCAUCUCAAGUUUGCGUUAGACCUAAACUGGAACUCUGUUAUCUGGCAUUUUUCUGAGGAAUGGCCAAGCCAGUUGUAGUGGAAAAAAAACUAUUACGAUGUACGAUUUUUGUAUUUGGAGUGAGUGAGAUGACGAGGCACCACUCAUAAAAGAAAGGUACUGGAACUAUUGUCAUGCUAAUGAAGACUUUUUUUAAGGAGUUAUUUUUCAUACAAAGGAUUCUCAAGUGUCAGUUUUUUAUUUUUUUUUAUUUUCACAAUGCACCAGUCAACAUUCCCAAGCCUGGUGCUUUGAUGGUAACUGGAAUACACUUGGGGUGCCUCUGUCCAAAGGAAUUAACAAACCUGGGUAAUGCUUGAAAAACUCUUGAUAUUGUCCUGUAUUGUUUAAAACGUGUAUUUGAUACUGUUCUUUAUUUUUGUAUUUAGUGAGUAUUGUGAUCUCGUGAAGAGGCUUUUGUCACUGUGGCAGAUUUUUAUUUUAAAGGAAUGACAUUCAUUGCUGUCUUAGUUCCCUGAAGCUGAACCAUGGACAGGUGCAUUGUGAAAGGAUUUAGUACGAUUCAGUGCAGCUGCAAUUUAUCUAACCUUCGGCUUAUUUUAUUAUUUACUCAUUGUCUCUGACCAGCAAACAUUUCCUGUUUCCUUACACAAGUGGAUUAAUCAUAUUUCUGUUGUAAUAAGGAACAUUUACAUGUAUUCCGCUGAAAGUGCAGAUUUUUGGAUUAGUGAUAUCACUGUUCCAGAGUCUGAGGGUUGUAAAACCAUGUAACCAUUUCAAUGUGAAUCAAAUGCCUUGAACGCGCUCUAAGAUGCCAUCAUUUUGUAUACUGAAUCAUACCCACAGUGCCAAUUAGUGCCAACUCAAACAAUGUCAUCUCAAGUUAUUUUUGAACAAUGCUUUUUGUACUUUUUCUACAUUUUGUAUUGAUUAGUACUUUUGGUUAGUUUUUUUUUUAAAAUAAAAUUUUGCAACAAA